AUGGAAAUGAGUAAAUUAAGAUCGCCGAUCGAUUAUAAAAAUUUGGAGUUAGAACUUGUAGAGGCCCUUAAAGCUGACGAGUUGUACAGAUUACAAAAUGACGCGAAAAUCAGAGCGGUGGAGCAGAAUGUUCCUACGUACGAAGACUUUAGACAAAUGGUAAAUGCCGCGCACCUAAAGCCUUUGCAACGUACGGACGUUCGAUCCAAAGUAAAAGGAUUUUGGAAUCCUCUCGUUAAUAAGAAUAACUCGAAUACGAAAAGAACACUCGUCGAGUUUAAAGACGAACGGUUCGACGAGAACAAAAGUAGCAACGUCUUGCCCAACACUUACGAAGAAUUUAUUCGAGUUUGGAAAACGAUCAACGGAUACGAAGCCAAAUUUAAUUAUCUUAGAAACUUGAGAGAAAUUUUACGGGGGAAAAUUUUUCGUACAGAAAUUCCUUCUGUGUUAUUCAUCGAGCUAAUAAACGUAUGCCUGGAUCGAACUGUUGCGCUUGCGGACGACAUCGAGCCCGUCGUUGACAUUCUAACUGUUUUCAGCGAGUGCAACAGAUUUUGCUUGACGGUGUGUUUUAUGGGAGAAAACGAAAGAGCGACGAGCACACGACUGUUCCACGAUUUGCUUGCCAGAGCGGAAUGUCGGGACGAACGUCUCAAGAACGCGAUAAAGUCGUUGGGAUUAACUUACGGAAUCGUACUCGAAUAGCGAUAUU